UUACAAUAAAGAGAUUCGUCCAGUCCUCAAAGAAUCAGACGCCGUUGAGGCAGAAUUUGGUUUUGCAUUGAGUGAAAUUAUCGAUCUGGACGAGAAGAAUCAAGUGUUGGCGACAAAUGUGUGGAUUCGACAGCGUCAACUACGAGGAUAAUGGCGAGCAGUACUUGUUYAAAACCAAGGUGGUCAUCAAGCACGAUGGCUCAAUCCAGUGGCUAUCCCCAAACAAACUGCGAUCGUUCUGCAAAAUCGAUAUUCAGUAUUUCCCCUUUGAUACUCAAUACUGUAAAAUCAUGUUUGGUUCGUGGACCUUCGAUGGCGGGAAGCUUAACUUGAGCUUUUACCAGGAUAAAUCSUAUGCAGAYACAUCGUCGUUCUCCAAAAACGGCGAAUWUGAACUGAUWWCAGCCAAAGCUGUGAGAAAUGUUCAGAAAUACAGUUGCUGUCCAAAUCCUUACCUUGAUUUGUUAUACACAAUCAAGAUCARACGACGACCGCUUUUUUACAUGAACAAUUUAAUUCUCCCCUGCAUUGUACUAGCGCUUCUCACGUCCGUGUCAUUYAUGUUUCCACCAGAGACUGGGGAGAGGAUUUCAUUGGUUAUCACCGUGCUGCUAGGCAUGACGGUAUUUAUGAUUGUYUUUACUGAAGCGAUUCCCGCCACAUCGGAAGUGACGCCUUUGAUUGGCAAGUACUUCGCGGCRGUUCUCUUUGAAGUUGCGCUUUGUCUCGUAGCAACGUGUGUUCCGCUAAGACUACAGCACUUGCAGCCAGGUACGGARUUGCCGCAUUGGGCGCGAGUUGUGAUAUUUGAUUACCUCGGACGUUUGUUAUGUUACCGAUGCACAAAGAAAAAGCGUAAAAGUAGCGUGGAUAUUAUUCUGAAUAAGGCUAAAGGCCAGGACAGAAMUGAUAUUAAACUGAGCAGCGCGGAAAUUAUUGAAAAUGGAUACAUCAACGAAAACGGCUCUCUGAGUAAAAACACGAAUGGGAUAACAAAACUGACMUCUACAGACUCGCCAGCAACGGACGAGACRCRUGACRUCACACCCAUCGUUAAACACAUUGAKAAUAAGGAGCACGAWGAUAGGCUYUACGCGGAGUGGAAGGARGCCAUUACAAUUCUAGAUCGACUGUUUUUCUGGCUCUUUAUAUUGACGUUUCUUAUCUCAAGUUUAGUCAUUCUCUAUGGCCAUSGUCAAGACGUGGAUUAGAGAGAAAACCAGAAAUGACGCAGUGUUGACUGACAUGAGCUCCAGAGCGUAAUUUAUAAUAAGCAUUCGCUGUCCACAUACAUCGUGGACGCUAACAAGUACCAAACUUGAAAGUACAAGUACAUAUGGCGCUCGAAAGAAACUUAUUGAAUUAUUUAUUUAUUCCGAGUCUAAUGGCUCGAAAAACUAUAUAGAUAUAAAUAUAUUAACAUGGAACAGAUCUCUGGAAAGUAUCAUUUAUGCAACUAUUGGCGGAAGCGGUUGGUCACAAGUUAAGCUGGAGUUCUUUAAAAGCAACAGGCAACGUUGAAGAUUGAUAUCAGCUUAUCCAAUAAAAACAUUUUGAUCUUGUUUAUUAAACACUGAGCCCGACUSAAAGGCUAAUCCUAACGCGAUCCCUAACAAAAAUUGCCUAUAUGGGAUCCCUGUGAUCCAAAAAUUUGCGUGAACCUCCUCCAUGCCUCGUUACUACCCUGACAACAACUUAGAACUUCAGUUCUUACUCGUGUUUUGAUUUAUAUUUAUAAUGAGUAAGUACUCACAUAUGAAUAAUGUAUACAUUGGGAAUCUUUUCAUGGAUCAUUACUGUGCCUGAGUCCAUCGAAUAAUGUACCGAUAAUUUUGAAAAGAGCGUUUUUUUUUUGCCCUUGCCAAGAAAGAGCAAUCAAAGCGUCAUUGGAAAUAUUUGUUAAUUUAAUUUUAGCGCAAUAAAUACAUCAGGCAAAUUCUAAAAUGAUUUCUUAAAUAAUCUUUUCAUGUCUACAAGAUGCUUUACUAAAGAGAUCAUAGCAAGGAAUAUCAGAUUAAUCAUCUAAUUUGGUCUUUCCUUGUUUAUUUAAUAUAAGUUAUUAAAGUUUAUUUAUAACUUAAAA